AAACAGGAAGUGAGUUCACACAGGCGGCGGUAUCCUCGCGGUUAUAAAGAUGUUAAAGUUUGUGUUAAAAUGACAGAAAGCGGAGCUCAGGUGAGUAAAUAAACUCUUAAUCUCACAUUUAAAGUUCUUCUUUUAGUGACUUUAAUGAACUUUAACGGUCAGUGACUCUCAGUUUAUAUCGAGAAUAAACUCCAGCUCAGAGAGGUCGAAAACAUGUUUCCUCUCUGCUGUUGUAUCUUCAACCUGUUUUUACUGUUUUAUAAGAGAUUCUGAGUCCAUGCGGUUACUCCCACUCCAGAGUCAGACUUACUUUAUCGAUCCAAACUGGGAAAUAUUGGGAAACUCCAGAGUCCUGUCUGUUUUUAAUGCCCUGAAGUUCAGAACUAUCCAGUCCUGGUUUUGGUUCUUGUCCCCCUUUAGAACAGAGAUUUCUCCAGAUCCUCUGAGUUCCUCAACAGGAACUUAAAUAUAGUGUGAAAAUAUCUUGUAGCAUAAUCUUGACUAAAACAACCAGAUUUAAUGUAAGUCCACUCCUCAUAACAUUUUAAUGUUACAUUUUUAACUAAAUUUUAUAUCAUUAACUCUGUUUAAGUGUUUUAGCAUUUAUCUCUUUCUAGUUUUAAUGACAGAAUCGUCUUUUAUUGAGCUCACUUGGUGCUCUUAUUUUAGGUUUUUUUGCUGUUUUUGUUUCAUUUUAUUUAUUAUUUCUUAAAUUUCAUUCUUUGUUUCUUUGUUUUUAGAUUUUAAACCUCCAGUGUUUCCUUAACUUGAGUUUUAAAAUGACGUUUCCUCCUCAGUGCGCACAUUCCUGUUAAUAUCAAAUCAAACCCUUUUUAAGUUCAUGCUUUUUAAUUCUGUUUCUGUUGCAGUUAGAUCCUGGGGUGGGAAUGAGGGGUUGGACUGGGGUAGAUUUAGGUUUUCUUUGUUUUUUUUAAUUCUUUUUUCUGUGUAAAACACUUUGUCCUACAUGUUGUGUAUGAAAAGUGCUGUAUAAAUAAAGACUGAUUGAUUGAUUGAUUGAUUGAUUGAUUGAUUGAUUGAUUGAUAACAUGAUCACACAGCACACUGCUUACUGCAGGGCUAUUGAGGCCACACCCCCUACAUGCACUGUUUUUCAUUUCAUUGACCAUUUAAGGGGCGAGUUUAUUAUGGUGGUGGUCACUACCUCAGAUGUGACUCCUGGAACCAAACAAUAAUUUAUACAUCAAUUAUCAAAUGUUUUAAAGACCAUUCCAGCUGUUUAGCCGACUACAUUUCUGUUCAUGCCAUUGUAUUGUUAUUGUAUUAUUUUUCAUGGAUGUCUGCUUAUGACAAAACAAAAAUAUUUACAUUUAUGUUUGGAUAUAUUACAGUUUCUUUAAAUUACCCCCAAUUUCCAGGUAAUUCCCAUGAAAAGUUUCCAAGUUGGAAUACUUCCUAAACUCCCCAGCUUGACUUCACAUGGAAAGUUUCUGGGGAUUUUCUGCCCCUCUGCAACCCCACUGUAGAUGAACAUUAUCCUGAAACUGUUGAACUGUUAGCUCACGCGGUCUCUCACAGAGUCCUGAACCUCUUCCAUCUUUCCGCCUCUCUGAAUGUCCGUCUCAGACCCGGUCAUGUGACUAACCUGUUGGACAUUCACCUCAUUAGUUGGAGAUGUUCCUUCAGAUGUUUGUUUAGCAUUACAACUUUUCGUGUGAGACCGACUCUUCAUGCUGGAACACAUACAGAGUUCAGGUUGUUGUAGAGUCUAUAGGGGAGAGUGGGGUAAGUUGUAUGUGGGGGUGGUACAGUCCACAUACUGGUUCUGUAUAUUGACCGUGUUUAUCUGCAGCUGUUUGCUCGUCUGGAGGCUCGUCGGUGUCUGAAGGACAUUGAACCUCGUCUGUUUCCUGAAGAUGGAGGACCUAACCAUGGUAACUGACCACGCCCACUUCUUGUCAACACACAGAACAUUGAAUCUGAGCAUUACUGUGAUUGGUCAUAUAUGUUUGACUCUGGCAGGUGAGGUGGUGGAGCUGUACGGACCUGAGGGAACAGGUGAGGUGACUGUAAAGGAAGUGGGUCUGACCUCACCUGGUUGGAACUUCCUGUACACUGUGUGUGUGUGUGUUUCAGGUAAGACCGAGCUGCUGUACCACCUGCUGUGUCGCUGCGUUCUGCCCGUGGCGAGUGGCGGUCUGGAGGUAGAUGUUGUGUUUGUGGAUACUGACUACAGUUUGGACAUGUUACGACUGGUCAGCAUCCUGGACAACAGGCUGAGCGCAGGUACGGACACCCUCAGACACCACAGAAGAAGAUGCAGCUACACGUGUUUGUUCUACCUGUUUAACAUUUGACCAUCUCGUCUCUCCUCUCGUCUCGGGUUCAGCUCGUUCCGCCGGCUCACCCUCGGCCGCUGCAGACGAGGCGGUGUUGCGUUCCUGUCUGUCUCGCCUUCUUGUCGUCCACUGCUCCUCCUCCUCCCAGCUCCUCCUGACCCUCCACUUCUUGGAAACCACCUUGACGUCACGGCCGGGCCUGGCGCUCCUCCUCAUCGACAGCAUCAAUGCUUUUUAUUGGCUGGACCGCAGUGAGGGCGGAGCCAGCUUUGCUAGGCAGGAGGAGAAACUCAGCAAGUGUGCAGAGCUCCUGGGCCGGCUGCUCAGGUACCGGGUUUUCAGAUAGGAGGUUCUGUCUGGACUCUGGAAAGUUUGAUGGUGAUUGAAACUCGAAGAGAGAGUUUGUGAUCAUCUGUGUGGGAGGAUUUUAAAGAGACUGUCCUCAUGUUUGUCUCUGACGCGAUGUUUUUAUUUGCCGAGCGAGGGCUGUCAGCUCUGUACAUCAAACAAAACAUAUCACAACAUUAUCGCAACUCUGAAUCUCUUAAUCCUAACCCUAAACCUAACCUUAACCCCAACCCUAACGCCGGCCAGUGCAAGCCCCUGAUUAGUCUAUCCCAAAUUAGCCAGUCAGCUGAUGAAGUGGGGGCUACAGAUGAUGACAUUUCACAGCCAUAAAGAACAACCAAUCGGAGCCCAGCACUUCUAGCCAAUCAGAGGCGAAGUAGGCGGGACCUUACCCUACCAUCCUAUGAAUAAAAAUAUCACGUCCCUGACUUUCCUCCACUUUUUCUGACAUUAACGGAGGAGUUUUGUUCACUGAGUUUGUUGAGCAGCUUUGACGCCCUGAUAGCGUUCGAAUGUUAUUUGGGUGAAAAUCAAUCAGUUGUGUUCCUGCAUGAGCAACUGUUCCAAAGUCCACCUCUCCCAAACGUGCCUGAACGAGGUCCAGAGAACUCACACUGGCCAAACAAACUGGACUUCAGGGGUUAUUAAGGGUCAAAGGUGCCUGAGUACAGUCCAGUGGAGGGGUUCUGCUGAUCUCCUGUAGACUUCCACACAGUUUGAUAACAGAAGCUGAUCCAGAUGAACCUGAUGGGGAAAAGGUCAUGAACUCUGAGGAACCUUCAAACAGCUGAACCUGUCUCCUCUGUUUCUCCUCCUUUCCUCAGGGAUUACAAAAUCACUGUCUUCGCCACCUGCCACGCCAUCAGGAGGAGCUACAGCGGAUCCUCUUCUGCAUCCUCCUCCUCCUCCACCUCCUCCUUCGCCUCCACCUCCACCACCGAGAGCGACAAGCCCUUCCUCUGUCGGCCCUGGCAGCGGCUGGUGACCCAUCGGCUGUUGUGCUCCAAACAGGAGGCUCCAAAAAACAUGGCCGCCACAGCAGGAGGCAGCAAGGAGCAGAAGACACGGCAGGUCUUUACGGUCAGCACUGCCUCCUCCUCCUCCUCCUCAAAGACAAAGACCUUCAGGAGCAGCUCUUACUACGUGACGGAUGGAGGAGUGGAGUUUAUCGGACCUAACACUAAAGUCAGUUAAUUUAUUUGUUCAGAAUGUAGAGACCCAGUAUCUCACACGGUUAGAAUACAUUUGGUUGGAGCUCCUUUACCGUGGUCGGCUCUACACCAAUGAGGUGCGGCGUGUUUAUGAUCACUCACAGUAAUAAAGUCGAUGAACCAUUCGGUAAAAGUUUUGGCACGGUGGACAGGUGCUAAGUCUUGCUGAUACAGGAAUCAGCUUCUCCUUAAAACUUAUCAGCAGAUGGAAACAGGAAGUGCUUAAAAACCUCAGGAUAGACGACUGUGUUGACUGUGGACUUGAUAAAAACACGGUGGACCAACAGCAGCAGGCGGCACGGACCUCACAUCACCAAACUGGACUGAUUUUCCUCCAGGACCCCGUCAAGUUACCACUCUUCUCUAUGGUUGUGGCUGUGUGUACAGAAUUAAACCCAAAGAUAUCGAGUAUUUAUUGUGUUUAAACACUUAUUCACCCAAACUUAAAGGUGAAAUUAAAAAACAAAAACUAUUAUUACUGGGGAUUCAUGGCGGAACUAGCAUAAAAUUUAAGUGUAGGGUGAAAUUUUCUUAGUUUUCCAGGCCAGAACUGCGACUUCAAGAAACAACUUCUGAUGACUUCUGCUGCGUUCCAGUUAACUUGGAAGACGGCUGUCGGAGCCAGGAAUGACGUUACACCCGAGUUGACGGCAUUUUACUGGUGUUCCAAUAAACAAGUCAGAAAACCAA